AUGUUUGACAAAAAUGGUUACGCUAAGGAAGCCCAUAGACACAACAUAGCAAUGGAAAAUCUAACAGCUGAAAGAGAGAAGUACCUUGAAGAAGUCACUGAUAGAAGAAAUAAAAUUGCUCAACUAAAGUCAGAACUAGCUGAGGCAGAUAAGGAUAUUAAUUCGACAAAUAAGUCACUUGAACUUGUUAGAAGAAUCAGUGAGUUAACACGUAAGGCUAUGCCAAGAACGCCGCAACUGAGUAAUCACUAUAAACCUAGCCCUGAGAUGGAAGAGUAUAUAACAAUAUUCAGUUUAAUUACAGGUGGGGUGGUUGGAGGGGCUGCCUACCUAAUGCUAUAAUAUUGUAAAUAAAUGCGGUAAAAAAUUUCUACAUAUAUAGUAUAGAGGAAUAGACUGGCUUACGUUGGUAACAGUUGAUGAAAUGGAACGAGUAGGUAGGAGCGCAGAAACAAUGGAAGAGUUAGAGACCGCAGUGAUGAAGUACGUAAGGAGCAGAAUGAAAACGAAACGUGUAUACGAUCCGGUAUGUAGCGAGUGUAACAGUAAGUCCAUUGUGCUAAUAGGUGGAGCAGAAAUAUGUACAGAUUGUGGAACAAGUGAUAAUAACCUCACAUACUACAUCAGUUACAACAACAACAACAAGGACGACUAUCUUAAAAAGAAGUCCUACCAUAAUAGGGUCAGGUGGUUCGAGAGACACUUAUUUAAACAUGUUGCCUCUGGGGAUAGGGACAUAAUAAGGGAGCAGUUUAGAAGCAUCGUAAGGUGUAUACAAAGACUCAGACUGCAGCGGGGGCGCAACAUAGUUAGAUAUAAGUUUUACCUGCUAAGGCUAGCUAGUAUGAACCACAUCACACUGAGAAAUCCCCCUGAGGACAUUAAGACACAAAAAAUUAUGAACAUCCUUGAGGAUAGGCUGUAUAGCAAAGUCUUCCCCGAGUUGGGAUGGGAACCCGUAAAUUGCAAAUAUUACAAUAACUGGAGAUUAAAGAAUAAAUUAUAAAAUUAUAAAUUAAAUAAUUAAAUAUUCGAUAACUCCUCAGUAUAUGGAUCCCCUGGACCAGAUGACAGCAAGUAGGCAGGUAGUGAGAGGAAUAUUAGUGAACGAAUUGAAGAGAAUGGGAGGGUUGAAGUACACUGAGACAAUCAAGGUGAGAAUGUCGAAGGAGAUCGGUAACGAUAAGACAAAGAAGGAUUCAAUAUACUUCAAGUCAAAAACUGGAACCGCGACUAACUUCGAGGAUAUUGAAAGUACAGCCGCCCAAAACCAACUGACAAUAUUAUCUAGAAUUGAAACCUUUCAGAACUUAGGUUCAAAUUGGAUUAUUCUAAAUAUUGAAAGCCACUACGUUAACGUUGCGAUGUACAAACCUUUGAAGGGUAGUUCAUAUAUGAAAUUACCUGCGGACAUUAGUAAUCCAAAAUGUGGUCUCAUUAACAUGAAAAACAACGACAACAAAUGUUUUAUGUGGAGUCAUGUGAGACACGUAAGACCUAAAGCUAGGAGAGGAACAACCAUAACACGACAGGAUAUGGAGUUCGCAGAAAACCUGGAUUACGAAGGAAUAGACUUCCCUGUGAAAAUAAGCGAUAUUGACAAAAUUGAGAGGAAGAAUGGUAUGAGCAUAUCAGUGUUCGGUUAUAAGGGUAAAAAGCAGUUCUAUCCCAUAAGAAACUCCAAGACCAAAUAUGACGAGCAUAUGGAGCUGCUUCUGUUAGGUGACGGUAACGGUAACAACCACUACGUUCUCAUAAAGGACAUUAAUAGAAUGUUGUAUAGUGUAAGUGGAUACGAACAUAAGAAACACUUUUGCCUACAUUGUCUCCAUAGUUGUAAGAGUGAAGAGCUACUGGAAAAACACAAGGAGACCUGCAUUGAGGUAAACGGAACCCAGGCCACAAAGCUUCCCAAGGAAGGUACGAAAAUAAAGUUCAAACACCACAGAAACUCAAUGCCUGCUCCAUUCGUAAUAUACGCUGACUUUGAGUCCAUACUAGUUCCAGAGGAGAAGAAAGCUGAUUCUGAAAACCUUGGGGGAAAAAGCAGUACAGACCUCUACCAAACACACAAGGCUUGUAGUUUUGGGUUAAAAACAGUCUGCCACUAUGAUGAUAAGUACUCUGGUGAAUACAUAAGUUACGUUGGUGAAGACGCCACAUUAGUCUUCCUGAAGACUGUACUGAAGGAGUCCAUUAAGUGCAGGGAAAUGGUUAACAAGAUAUUUAAGAAAAAGAUGGUAAUUACACCUGAACAGGAAGCCGAGUUUUGGAAGACUAGAAACUGUUCAAUAUGUGGUAACGAUCUUGGAGAUGACAGAGUAAGAGACCACGAUCAUGUAACAGGAAUGUUCCGUGGAGCUGCUCAUAAUAUGUGUAAUUUGAAGUAUAGAAUUACAUGGAAAGUUCCUGUGGUCUUCCAUAAUCUAAGAGGUUACGACAGCCAUCUAAUUAUGCAGGAGAUUGGUAAAUUCAAGAUGAACAUUAAUGUGAUCCCAAAUAAUAUGGAAAAAUACAUUUCCUUCUCACUGGGUAAAAAUCUUGUGUUCAUUGACUCCAUACAGUUUAUGGCUUCUUCUCUAGAGGCACUUGUGAGUAACCUUUCACCUGAGGACUUUAAGAUAGUAGGUAAGAGAUGGAAAGGUGAGGACUUCAAUCUUGUAACACAAAAAGGUGUAUUCCCCUAUGAAUAUUUGAAUGACAUUAGUAAACUCGAUACUGAGGGUCUUCCAAGCAGGGAUAAGUUUUACUCAACACUAUACGAGUCAGAGGUGAAGGAAGAAGAUUAUCAAAGAGCUCAAAAAGUAUGUCAAAAAGUAUAUCAAUUCAAGCAGUCCCCGUGGCUUAAGAACUAUAUUGACUUCAAUACAAAGAAAAGGUCAGUAGCCCGUAACACGUUCGAAAAGAACUUCUUUAAGUUAAUGAACAACUCAAUCUACGGGAAGACAAUGGAAAAUCUCAGGAAAAGAGUUGAUGUUAAAUUAGUGUCUUCGGAAGACGACCUCCUAAAACUUACAGCAUCACCGUGCUUCCAGUCACAUAGGAUUAUGAAUGAGAACCUAAUAGUGGUAAAGCGAAUGAAGGAGGUUCUGACUCUUAAUAAACCGUGCUACGUUGGAAUGAGCAUCUUAGACUUGUCUAAGACUCUGAUGUAUGAUUUCCAUUAUAACACGAUUAAGAAGGAGUACGGUGACAGGUCAAAGCUACUAUUCACUGAUACCGACAGUCUGAUGUAUGAAAUAAAAACUGAUGAUGUCUACGAGGACUUCAGGAGAAUCGGUGAAGAACAAGACUGCUGGGACAACUCAGAUUACCCAAAAGAUUCUCCGUACUACUCGGCUCACAACAAGAAGGUAAUUGGUAAGUUUAAGGACGAAGCUGAAGGAGUACCCGUAGUCGAGUUUGUUGGGUUAAGGUCAAAGAUGUACUCAUAUGUGAAGGAAAGCGGUGGAGGUGGAAUGACCGCAAAGGGAGUGAAAAAGUACGUGAUCAGAAACAAGCUCACUCACGAAAACUUCAAGAACGUGAUUAAGACGAAAGGUCGGAUGAGACAUAAGAUGAACACAAUCAGGAGCAUCAAACACAAAAUCGGAACUUAUGAAUUGAAGAAGAUCACUCUUAGCUGUUUCGAUGAUAAAAGAUACUUACUUGAAGAUGGAGUUACAAGUUACGCCUAGGGACACCACCUAAUAGGAAAAACAGACGCUGAGGUGCUGAUUGAAGAAAGAACUGAACCGAGUUGUGUACUAGUAAGAGCGGAACCUAAAAGUGAAUACUACACGCUCGAAAGGGCUGUAAGCUUCUGUGAAGAAACACUGAAAACGCUGGUGAAACCUAGGGUAGAAGAGUAUAUUCCCAGACCGGAGUACAAAGUGGUGAUUCCACUAAAACGGUUCAAGUUCAAAAAGCCGGCACCCUUAAGAGUAGUUGUAACUGAUGAGAAUCACAUAACAAAAAACUACGACUUACUACCGAAAGAAGAGAAGAAGAAUCUCAAAACGGUAAUGAACGAAAAGGCUAAGGCGUUGGGCGUUCAAGUGAUAAGAACCCCGGGUAGCAGAAGGUUAGUUGUAGUAGGAUACUGAAGAAAGUGUUGAAUAGAGGAUUUGUAAAUAAGAUGAAAGUUGAUUAAGAAUGUAGCGCCGAAGAUGAGAGGUCCUAGGAUUCUUGCUGAGUGGUCUAGAACAUUUGGUGAGAAUCUGGGGGAUUUACGGUGAGAUAAAAGCGAAAACUAAAAAAGUGCUGACAGGGCGCAAUCCAAAAAGUGGUCUAGAACCGCGGCCCCUUAAGUAUCCACAGGGGUGAAAUAAAAGAUGUUGAAUAAGACUUAAAAUGAGUUAAAAAUAAUGCUGGAAAAUCCUACAAGAAAAAUGAGUUAAAAGACCAGAAAAAAUAAGAUGGUUUUUGGUUCAGAAAAAUUGAGCCCGCGGUUUUUGGAAGAAAUGGUGGAAGCCGCUAACCGGAAGUGGGUGGGGAUCGCGGGCUGAAAAAGUGGUCUAGAACCGCUACUUCCUAUACUACUUAUAUUGUUCAGGAUAGUUAAAUGAUUGCAUCUAACAAUUUUUAGCUUUUAACUAUUUUUUUCCAACCUUGGCCUUAAAAUGAGCUAAAAUUAGUGAACUAUUGGAGGAAAUUAUCUCCGAAAACUCCGAAUGGAAUAGAGAUAAUAGUGGAUACCAUCCUCAUACCUCUGUGAGUGGUGAGCAGCCGUCAAGUAGCCAUCUUGAUGUUCAAAGUCAGCCCACGAGUCAGACUCGUCUUUGUAUGUACAUAUAAAAGUAUUACUGUAAUACAGCAAACUACAUUAACUUACAGACUACAGUAAAUGAUUGCAAGUCAAAAAGCUUAUGUGCAGUGCAUGUUUAAUCACUGUUUAUACAUAUAAGUAUCUACUUUAUUUACAAAUGAAAAGUAUGAUUAAUAAAAUACUUCUAUAAAACCGAAAAAGAAACUAAACUGCAACAUGUCGCUUUAUAAAUAUUUAGUCGCAAGGUGUUCGCUGUUAUAAAGAUGGCAAAUCUAUGGGAAUGUAUUAAACUGCCAGUGGUGGAUGUUAUUUUUUUGGCGGUAUACCGCUGGUCAAAAGCUAUUGAAUAUUUUUUCAGGAUUGUUUUAUUGAAUACUUUUUUGGGCGCAUUGAAUAUUUUACGGUGUAAUUUACUGAAUAUUUCAGAUGUUGUAUUGAAUAUUUAGUGUAGAUUAUUGAAUGUUUUUGCGAAGAUAUUGAAUAUUUCGGUAAUUAUUGAAUCUAAAACGGUUUAUUGAAUAUUUUAAGAGUGUAUUUAAUAUAAAAUGUGUGUAUUGAAUUUUGCUACAAUCCGGCAACCAUAGCCAGUAACCUUCCUACACUAUACAAUCGCAGAGACUGACUCUAACAAAACAAUUAGGGAGCAUUCAUUUUUUAGCUGGGGGGGUGGGCCGGAGGAAUUUGGGGGUGGGUCAGCCAAUUUUGACGUGCUUCAAAGGGGUGGGUCUUUUUAUAAUUUUGGUAUAAAUGCAGGGGGUCAUAAAAAUAAUCAGUGAAAAAAUCACCAGUAUGAUUUUAUUGAAUUUGGAAAUAUUUGGAUCAAGAAUGGUAAAAAGGUCCAGAAUCUAUCAACUAUGUCGUCAUCUAUAACAAUGAAGCAAAAUUCAUUUGACGCUCUGUUCACACAAUCCAUAGGUCCGUUCACUAUCCAUGACAAACUGCAAAGAAUGAAGAUAGUACCGACAGUUUCCUGCAACUUAUUCUAGUUAUCCAAUAUAUAGUAAAUUAAAUAUGCCUUUGCCCAUUUAGUACUACCAAAUUGUCAAUUUCGACAUACUAAAACGCUGUUUUCUGACCAUCAGAAUUCUAUCAAAUCUUCCCCCAUAGGCCAGGAAAUGGCAUUUCAGAGACUCUAGAUUUAAAAAUUUCCUCGGGCCUUCGGCCCUCACUUUCAGCCCCUCAAUCAAAAAGAGCUUCCUACGGCCCUGAAACGCUAUGGAAACGACACCGUGUGGAUUAAUAGUUAGAAUGAGGGGUCAAAAAAUUUUCAGUAAAAAAAAUAGGGGUCAUAAUUUUUUAUCAACUUUUGUCUUGGGGGUUCCAAGUUUUCGCAUGGAAGUAGACAUCAGUUCCUCCGGCCCACCCCCCCAGCUAAAAAAUGAAUGCUCCCUUAUUUAAUGAUAUUAGUUCCAAUGUAAACCAUAAGUUACACAGCUGAUUACCCAAUUUUAAAAAGAACAAAACAAUAGACUCAAACCGAACACGUGUAACAUUAACCUAAGGAAUAGUCCGAAUAGACGAAGUUUUAAUGAUUGUGCCCAUAUGUAAGACCAAUAGGCUAAAAAAUAGUUUUAUAUAUAGUAACAGUAAACAGUCUAAGACUAAGUAUAGUAAUUUGUUAUGACCUAGAACAUUCUAAUUUUUAUCUUUUUUAUAUUGACUGCCGCAGUAAAUAGUGACAUUUUUUGACAAUUCGAUAAUUCCAGACCUGCCAACUCUCACGGAUUUCCCGUGUGACACACGAAUUCAGGCAUUAUCUCACGGACUCACGGAAACAUUUUCAAAUCUCACGGAUUCACGACUUUGAAAUUUUAACCACCACUAGACUUUAAAAUUGGAGUGAUUGAAGUGAAAUAAAACUAGCCAUUGACCGGAAUUCUAAUUUGUAAAAAAUCUCCAACACAAUUUAUUUACUCAUUCCUAAAGUAGUCUAACUACUCCGCCAUUUUGAAUAAUCUAAGCGGUAUGCUCCAUUAUUGUACCGUUUUAGUAAGUAAACUGUUGAGUUAAAGUUUUAUUUUGGAGGGCAGUAAUUAAAAAUUGCUAUGUCACGAACAUAGGUCAGUCAUCUGCAGGCAAUGAUUACAGUAAUUGUCUUAUCCAGAAUUACCCCAGAUUUUCAGUAUUUUAUCUCCAGAAUUAAGGGUCAAUCUCAAGAAACUUUCGAUCAGAUCUCCAGAUUUGUUGCUGUUGGAGGUUGGCAGGUCUGUAAUUCGACCCAUAUGAUACCCGAAUAGCUCAACUUUUGUCGAAUGAAUGCUACAAUUUGCCAUUCAUGAAUCAUGAGCAUAGUAAAUUAAAUUAAACACAUUAAAUUUUCCUGGUUAACUUAUACUAAGUGGAUAAAUAAGCUCCCCCCCCCAUUCCCGGCAAUCAUAAAAUUGCCCGUGGUCCCUGAUUCAACACUAAAAUGUCAUCUAACGACUUUCUUAGACCACUGUAGAUUCGUCUUCUUUGGUUAAUAUUACGAAAGUCACCGAACUGUGGAAUCGCAUAAAAAUUUCGUAUAUCGACCACUCCCACAAACGUCUACGACCGCGCCUACAUAGUUUUGCAUGUUUACAAUUCUAAUCAGUUAAACAGCCAAUCGACGUUUAAUUGUAAUUGUUACCAAGAACCUGAUUGGCUGUUCAAAAUUAGAAUUGUAAACAUGCAAAACUAUGUAGGCGCGGUCGUAGACGUUUGUGGGAGUGGUCGAUAUACGAAUUUUUGAUGCGAUUCCACAGUUCGGUGACUUUCGUAAUAAUAAUUGCGAACUUUCUGUGAUCAUAUAAUAAUACAUUUCUCAGAAACGCUACGGAAAACGUUACAUGACGUUCUUCUUAUUCGCUAUUCACCAGACCUCUCGAAACUAAUGUGUGUUUCUGUUGCCAUGGUAAUUCAAAAUGGCCGCUGUUUUAGCGCGAGAAUCAAUAACUUUUACUGACACUUCGACUGAAAAUAUAGAAUAUGCAAAACAAUUUUGGAGAGCGAUUGACGGUAAUUUUGAUGAAAAAUCUCGUCUUUUUGUCUCAGGUGUAGACCAUCGGUUGCAUACGGCAUCACGGAGUAAUAGAAGUAAGUUUGAACUAGAGAUGCCUCUGUGGUGUCAGUGGUGACGCGGCGUUUUAAUACUUCGGUAAUAAAGCGCUAGUGGGGAUUUUAUGGGCUGCCAAAAUCAGUAUAAAGUGGUGCGAAAUUUGUAACUACAAAUUAAUGUCAAAGUUUCUAAUUGCAUCAUGAGUGCUAGCCUCGGUCAUGGCAGAAAUCUUGUGAUUCUUGUACACUUGACUCGGAAAUCAGUUUCAGAAAUCAGGAAAUAUCAAAUAUGUUUUAAGCCCUGUUUAAACGGAUCCAACAUUGUUGGCCAACAUCAUCCAACAUUGUUGAAAUAAUGGCCCAAACGGCUUCUUUUUCAAAUAUUUUUGUCAAGACUAGGUUUAGAGUUUGAGUAAAGCUUAUCUAACCAAAAAGAUUUGAAAGAGAAGCAGUCAUAUCUAGUAUAGUAACAUUGUUGGAUGAUGUUGGUCCAACAAUGUUGGAUCCGUUUAAACAGGCCUUAAAGGCAGUUUGAAAAAUUUUUUCUCGAUAUUAGAACAAGGGUGGAAAAAUUUUUCCGAACAUAAACCAGUUAAAUUAAGGGUCAAAAACAUUUUUCCAUACAGAUUCCUGUUAAAACAUGGGUGAAACCCAUAGUUUUGGACCAAUAUCUGUAAAAUUUAGAUCCUGUAAGUUACUUAAUAACUCUACAUUCUAUCAUUUAAAGUCUUUGAUUGCCCUGCCAAUCCAGAUGAUUCGCCCUGACAAUCCAGAUGAUUCUUUUUUUUUGGGGGGGGGGGUGUCACCCCCCCCAUACCCCCUCAAGUUUCGCCCCUGAGUUCAAUAACAUUAAAAAAUUGAAAUGUCGAUAAGUUGAACGUACACCGGGCAAAUGUUGAACAUAAGUUGGGAAAAAGUGGGGAAAAUAAACUGAGAAACAAGAAAUAUGUAUGAUAAUAGUAAAAAAAUGCAAGAAAAUAGGGCAAUGUGGUGAAACAUUUUUAGCAUUUCGAAUUUAGCAGGGAAUUAAUUUGUCGGGCAAAAUGCAAAACUGUCAGAAUGAUUCACAUACAUUUAUGUAGUGGUUAAGCAUUAAUGAGUUUCAUCAACUGGCCCCCAGGCAGUGAUAUGGUUGUAUAUUAUUUGAUUGUGUCGCUCUUGUACAAUUAUCGAAUGUAAUAUGUUUGAUUUCCAGCAACAUCUACAGGAAAAACAACAGACAAUAUUCAAAAUACUGAUGAAGAACCAGGUACAUGGCGCUUAUAUAUUGAAACUAUACACUGGAAGAAAUUAAAACCUAGUACCUGGAAUAUUAUUGGGUUUCACUCACGUGAUAUUUUAGCAUAAUUUGAUCGACUCAAGCAAAAGCUUAUGUGUCUUGAAUUGAGUCUUCUCAGCCUAUAAACUUUGAAGAUAUAUUUUUACCAGUUUUAAGAUAUAUUUUUGAAAUGCCAUUCUUGCAAUAGUUAGUCAUUAGUUAAAUAAUUAUUAUUUGUUCUGUAGAAACGUCGAAUAAACACUUUCAAAAUGUUUACCAUUUUUGGAAUUAAUAUUGUAUUUGUAUUGUAUUUAUUUAUUUAUUUAAAAUACUCAUGGUUUCUGCAAUAUUUCAUCACUCAUUUGAAAAUCAGUAAUGCACCCUUACGGAAAGGACGUCACUUUGGCUAUAGAGCCUCGUUUUCGUGUAUGUGACAUUAGGGAGCUUUAGCAGCGACUACGAGUACGAGUACGAGUGCGAGUACGAGAUUCGUCAAGCGAAACGCAUGCUGUAUGCUUACGCCAUCCCGUACUGACGCGAAAUAGCCGUCGCCACAGAGGAGAGACAUACAGAGUUGUAACUAGUGUACCCACUUUUUUGUGCGCAUGCUCGGCAGGUUACUAGAUGCAUGCAUCUGAUUGGAUGACGACCUGAUGACGACUCACUUUAAACUUGCUGAGCACGCGCAGUUGAUCAUUUUUUGCCCGGUCGCCUGAAAAAAAGUGGGUACAUGAAAACGUAAGCUUCCGCGGUGUUUACGACGGUCAGUUACAGCUCUGUAUGUCUCUACUCUGUGCCGUCGCCACUCUGAGAACGAAAUUGUGGAGAAAUCUCGUAGUCCUCACGACGACUUUUCAAAAAACAAAGAAAGUUGGCUUUUUUUUUGUUUUCAAAAAUAAUUUGUAGCGUUUAGGGCGGGGAAAAAUCAUCUAUUAGUACUAAAUAUCUGGCUUGUUUUUAAUGUUAUGACUUAUAAAUGCACAUUUUGUAGUAGAUUUUAGCCUGCAGGAGAUUUAGUUUAUAGAAACUUUUCUUUCGUUGUUUGUUUACUACUAUAAAAGCAACAUUUGAACUGAAACGAGAACGACCACGGUGAUUUCUUCGCACGCGAUCAAAUCUCAUACCCAUACGCAUAGUCGUACUCGUACUCGCUGCUAAAGCUCCGUAUUAGUUUAAGGCCAACAACUCAAUCAUGAAAACGAAGUUCUGUGCCUAUGGCCAUGGUGACGUAGCAUUUGACGUAGCAUUUGACGUAGCAUUUGAGCUCAUUAUGAAAAAGGUUCAUUGCAAUCUGCAAGCUAAUAGGCAUUUCAGGAUGUAGGGUGUAUUGUGCUUUGGUUUGUAACUUUUGGGCGUACAAUCUCAUAAUUUCAAACGUUUCAAGGUCUCGUGAGCAACAGGAACGAAGCUAGCAGGAGACUUAAAGUUGAAGAAGAAGAAUAUGUUCAGAGUGUAGUAAGAUAUACUAAUUUUUGUUAUAUUUAGGAAGGCUAUUAUUUAUCCAAAAACUCGCUUCGCAAUGCAUGUAAAGCCAGUCAGGAACGGAAACAAUGUUCCCACCCGUGCGUGGGAAAAAUAUUUCGUUCAAUCAAGUGAUAUAUGUGAUGAGGUACGAAUACGACGCUGGAAUUUUCAUGUCUUUUGAUUGGAUGUUCAAUGAUUUCGUCCAAAGGCGAGACGCUCCCGUAUAUAAAAGACCAUGUACAGUAAGAGCCAGGCUCGUUACAGUUUUAUUUCUAGCAUGCAAGAAUAAAACUAGAUAAAGAUCUAGUUAAAAUAAAGUUACAUGCAUGUACCGAAACUGAUGCAAAAAAUUAGCUCAAACAAUGGUUUAGGUAUGGGGUUUGUCGCAUGAUAAAGUGCCAUGUUUGAACUAAGUCAAAAAUAUUUAAAAAUAUUAACUUGGAAAAUUCUAUAGACAAUGAGUGAUGUUCAUUUUCAAUAUUUUUAGCUUGAUCAAAAGAAGCAACAGCAAGAUCUUGUGAAAAAACGAAAAGACGAACGACUAGCUGUGAGUAAUCCAUAUAAUACAUCUGUUUUUGCUUGCACAGGUUUUGUGAAGGUCAUAAAGAAGUUUUGA